AUGGCGCUCGGCGACGUCGUCGACGACGACGACGAUGAGUUUUUCGUCGUGCAAGACGCGAGCGGACGCGUGCACGGGGCGACGACGCGCGGGGCGGAUGAAGAAACGUUGUUUCGCGCCGAGGCCUUGGCAAAGUUUUUGGACGUCGACGACGCGCUCGCGGAAAAGUGUCGAGCGAUCGAACGCGAAGGGUCGCGAUGGUUAUCUUCCGUGGACGCGCCGCGAUGCGGGGUCGAGCGCGCGGCGCGGGCGGUGUUCGAGCGGUACGCGAAGGGGUGGGAGUACGACGCGGAGACGAGCGGGGUGGAGUUCUGGACGCAGACGGAAAGGGUGGGAACGCAUUUCGAUAAGGAUGAGGAGGCGCGCGAGCGGUAUGGAGUGUGGUUGACGCCGCACGUCGCGACGGUGACGUACGUUGAGGGUGACGGCGGGUCGGCGCCGACGGUGGUGUUCGACGGGUUGACGCCGAGGAGUCAGCCGGACGCGGAGAAUCACGAUGGCAGCGCGUGCGAGCGAACGGUGGUCAUGUUUCCCAGUCGAGGGGCACACUUCAAGUUCGACGGUCGUUUCUUGCACGGCGUGUACGAGGAGCUGUCGAGGGAUGGCGACGAAGGACGAAGGACGACGCUUCUGGCGAAUGUCUGGUUCAAUCACAAACCCGUCGGCAUCGAGCGUCUUCCCGAUAGUUUUACGGACGACUACGAACCACAAAUAGUGGAAAGCCCUGAGAGUUUGACGCCGUCCGUGCUCUGCCCGGCGUGUCUGGACGUCUCGCCCAUGAAGAAGUGCACCUUUGGGCCGACGGGGACGGAGUACGCACUCGUCGGCGCGACGGAUCUGCCGACGGUCGCACUUCGAGCGUGCGCCGACGCUGGAAUGUCUCUGAUCUUUUUAGAACAUCGCGAUGGCGAUGAUAUCCGAAUCGAAGUUCCGAAGGACGAACCCGACGCAAAGCGUACGAAGGCAACGUAG